CACAAGUUUCUUAACUUGAACUAUGAAAAAAUCUCCUCCACAAAAUAUUUUUCUGACUUGACUAAAUUACAGCUGAAAAAAUCUCUUCCACAAAUUUCCUGAUUCGACUAUGAAAAAUCUCGUCCACAGACAAAUUUGCAUACUGAAAUCUUCUCCGCUACAAAUUACUUGAGCUGAUUAACCUGCCCAUUUGCCUUGGAAUCCUUCGUCUUACCAUAAAGUAGGCGACCACCCAUUUCCUUUUAUCUGCGUUCAUUUCAGUAUCUCACAAUAGAAAUGGCUUCCUCUUCCACACCCAGGCAACAUGAAUCUCAGCUACAAAACGCUUUUGAUCAAAUUGCACCUUACCUUGAAUCCACCUCAAAAGAGCCGUGGGACAUAUUUAUUAAUCAUCGUGGAAUUGAUGUCAAACACACAUUAGCUACUGCCAUCUACCAUAAACUUCAUCCCAUGGGAUUGCAUGUGUUUCUCGAUGUGGAAGCUCUUGAGCCUGGUGAUGUCAUGCCAGCAGAAAUACAACGCGCCAUAAAUAGUGCUGCCCUUCACAUUGCCAUUUUUUCUCCCAACUAUGCUCAAUCCCCAUGGUGUUUGGCUGAGCUAUCCUUCAUGCUGAAAACUGGUGCUAAAAUCAUUCCCAUUUUCUAUCAUGUUGAGCCCUCUGAGCUUAGAUGGAUUGAUCUAGGAGAAGGUAUGUAUGCCAAAGCAUUUUCAGAGCAUGGGAAGAAGGGAAAAUACUCCCCAGAAAAGCUUGACGAGUGGAAAAGGGCACUCUACAACAUUUCAUUCCAUUCCGGCUACCAGGUUAACAAGAAUGAUUAUGUAUAUAUAGUACAGAAUAAAAAAACAGAGCUAUGCAUUUAUUUUAAUUUAUCUUUGGAACUGAAAAGAGAAUAUUUAUAUAAUUAGACAGUCUUCUUAAAAGCCUCAAUCCAACUGUUUUAUAUUUACUAACCUACUCCAAACCUUUUCUUAAAACCACUUGCAAAGCUAUUUUAUAUACAAUCUUUCAUUAAAGAGAGAAAGUCCUAAACUCACAUAACUAAACCCUUAAAUAUAUGACUUUCUAUUCUCUAACAGUUCUUUUUCAUUUCUUCCAUGGUAAAUCUGAAAUCUCUUUUAUAUUGGUUCUACUUCUAUUAUAUUUUGUCGACAUUAUUCAAGCAGGAUAUUGUGUUCUAUUUUGUUUAAAAAUUUCGGUUCAAAAUGUCAGGGAUGAGGCCAGAAUUUUGAAGAAUAUUGUGAAUUGUGCAAUCAAAGCCAUUAAAAUGGUAUCCUUGCCAGUAGCAGAGCAUCCGCAGGGGUUAGAUGAUCUUGUAGAAGGAUUCCAAUCAGUUGUAAGUAAAGAGAAAGUGCAGAUUACCGGGAUCGUGGGAAUGGGAGGUAGUGGUAAGACCACACUGGCCAAAGAACUAUUCAACAGGAACUUUUCCUCCUUCGACAGAUGCAGUUUUGUUUUCGAUGUGCGAGAUGCAGCAUCAAAGUAUGCCCUAGCUAAAAAGCAGAAAAAGCUUCUGAGGGACCUUGGUGUUGAUCAUUUGCCAUUCGAUCAUGUAGAUGAAGGCAAGGCCGUUCUGGGAAAUCGUCUGCGCUUUCAUCGGGUGCUCAUAGUUUUGGAUGACAUUGAUCACGUCGACCAGCUGAAUACUCUACUGCCAAACAAAGACAAUCUUGGAUCCCAAAGUAUGGUCAUUGUCACAACAAGGGAAUUGGGAGUUCUUUAUUCAUGGGGUCUCUCCUGCAUUUAUAAAAUGCCAAGACUCAACAGGUCAAACGCUGAGAAGCUCUUCUGCUGGCAUGCAUUCUUGCAACCCUCCCCACCUGCUGGAUUUAUAUCGCUGGUUGAAAAGUUCUUGAAGGCAGGCAACGGUUUGCCUCUUUCACUGAAGGUAUUUGGGGGUCAGCUAUAUGGCAGUAACUCCAAAGCUAACUGGAAAUCCCAAUUAAGAAAGCUAUCAAGAAUAUUGCCUACCGACAUCAAACAAAGGCUACAAGUUAGCUACGAUGCGCUCGAUGAAGAAGAGAAAGAAAUGUUCUUGGAUGUAGCAUGUUUUCUAAUUGGAGAAAAUAAAAGCAAGGCCAUAGCAGUGUGGGAUGGAUCGGGUUGGAGUGGUGCGCCUGGUUUAGAAACACUUGUGAAUAAAUCUCUUGUGGAGCUGGUCUCCGAUCCAGUCUACCCUGGGCAAAGCCCCUCCUACGCGGAUAAGAUAAGGAUGCAUGAUAAUCUUAGGGAUAUGGGAAGAGAAAUUGCAAGUAGACAUUCCUCAUAUCGUAUUUGGUUUCCAGAGCAGAUAAAGCAACAUUCCCUGGAAAGAAUGCUGGUUCGAGGUAUUCAAAGUGCUGAUGCUUUUUGUGCAUUCAAAGAGUACAGGUAUCCACUAAUGAGAACGUCAAAGAGACAAUCUAAGUUCCCUAGAUUGUCUGUUAAAUUACAAAUUCUUUUUGUCAGAGGAACUGAGUUCACGGAAGAGUUUGCAUCAUUAUCUGAAGAUAUUGUGUGGCUCCGCUGGGAGAAUUUUCCUCAUAGAAGCCUUCCAUCAUGGUUUACACUGAGAAAUUUGAGUGUUUUAGAGCUUUCGGGUGCUAAUGAGUUGGAAGAAUUGUGGGAGAGCAAUGCUGAUCCUCCAUUGCAAUUGAGAGAGCUUAUUAUAUUUGGUGUGAGUAAAUUGCAAUCGCUUCCACACUCAGUGGGGCGCCUUAAGCACUUGAAAAAGAUUGACUGUUACUUUGGUGGUGACAGUUUGCCAGAAGAGUUAUGUAGGCUCCACUCACUGGAGCUUUUGGCUUUAUCAAGCAGUACAAAGCUAUCUUCACUACCUGCUGGAUUUGGUAAUUUACUAAGCUUGCAGCAUUUAUCUCUACAGUGUUGCAGUCUCUUGAGGGCGUUGCCAGAUUCUUUCAAGCAGCUGAUACACCUGAAAUAUCUAAAUUUAACAGGCUGUGAAAUCCUAUCUUCAUUACCUGCUGGUUUCGGUGAUUUAAUAAACUUGCAGACUAUAGAUUUGGAAUCUUGUAAGCAGUUGAAGACGUUGCCGGAUUCAUUCAAGCAGCUGAUACACCUGAAAUCUCUAAAUUUAAAGUACUGUGAAAAGAUUAAACUGAGAUUGGAUAUGCUGUAGCACAUGAGAAAGCUCGAGUAUUUGAACCUCAGCUUUUGCAAGAAACUAGAAGAUUUGCCUUGUCAAAUCAUAAAUCAGGUGUCCCUGACAGUGUUGGAUCUACAAGGUUGUAUCAGUUUAAGGGGUUCAACAACAAACAUUGGUGAACUGGGCAGCUUAAAGUCGCUAACAAUUGAGAGUCUUUUGUUGUCAAGCUUGCUGAAUUUUCCUGGAAGAUUAUGCUCGUUGAUAAAUAUGUCAAUAGUAAAUUCUGUCAGUGAAACGACUUUUGAUGCCGGGGCUGCUGCUUCAUAUAAAAUGCUUAAGAAAAAAGACUUAGAAGAUUGCAAACAAUUUUCCAGGAUGUUAAUUUCCAAUGAUUGUUGUCCCAGUCUUGAAACUCUCGAAAUUUGGUGGAAUUACCAUUUAAUGGAGAUAAAGACGCUUCCAGUAUCACUCAAGAUUUUAGAUAUAUGCAAUUGCAAAGUGCUGAAGAACAUCAGGUGUAUUGGUAGUCUCGCAAACCUUAAGAAACUGGAAAUAUCUGACUGUCCGGAGAUAGAAGAGCUUCCAAGCUUCUUAUACUUGGCUUCACUGAAAAAAUUCAGAAUUAGUGAAUGCCCAAAAGUUGAGAAAAUAGAAGGUUUGGAACACUGUAAGUCAUUGAAGACACUGAAAAUAGGCUUGAAAGUACCAGGUAUACCGAAUUUGGAGAAAAUGCAAAGAUUGGAAAGGCUAGAGCUCGAAUGCGACACCAUAUCAGCUCUUAAACCUUGUAUUCAGUCUAUGAAGGUAAAACUGUCUAAAAUUCAGAUUUUUCAUUAUUCUAAAAAUGUUCAUGUUUAUGACUGAAAAUGCGGCAUACAAUUCGAUUUGUAGGAAUGUCCAAGCGAAAUGGAGAUACAAGGUAGCGUGAUCAAUUUUGUGAAGUCAACAGUAAACUCUUUGGGGUUUCCUGGUCUUACGGUCACAGAGAUGGAAGCUGGGUCCGAUCUCUUAAAGAUUCGAGAUUCCGCUUAUAUUUUGUAUUAUGAUGAGAAGAGUCAAGUUGUAUAUAUAGGUGUGUUCCGCCAAAACGCAGGCUAUUGUACGUACAACUACGCCACUAGAUUUACAGGCAAUAAAGCAAUGGUAGUGACAGGCCAAGAGGGAAGAGUUGUGGAAGCUUUUUACCAAUUAUUCGCACUCCUGGAAUAGUUGGCACUUGCACAAACGCGGAACCUGGCACAGUCACAACCUUGACAAAACCAGCCAUAGAAAAUUUACAGUUUUGAUUAAUUGUUUUUUGCUUAUUUGUCCA